AUGGACGUGCCGGAGGAUCCCACAGGCGAGUUUGAGAGGGAGAGGGCGUUCGUGCUGCACAAUCUUGACCUCUGCCGCCUCGCUGCCGUCAGCCUGCUUCUCGUCGAGGGCAGGGCGCUGCUGCUGGCGAUGAUGCUGAGGGCCAUGCACAGCGAUGCUGCACUGGCGGACAACGACGACUACAUCCCCCCCCACCCCCACCCCAACUCGCGCCUGCGCCAGCCGCUCCUCCGCCCGCCCCACAUGGCGCCCCCUCCCCCCUACUCCACCGCCAUCCCCUCGUCCUCUGCUGACGCUGCUGCUGCUGGUGCUGCGGGUGGGAGUGGUGCGAGUGGCGUGGGUGUGGGGGGAGCAGCGGACGGUGCAGCAGCAGCAGCAGCAGCAGCAGGAGGGGGAGGAGAGGGGGGAGCAGCAGCCUGUGAUGUGAUGUGCGCCUGUGCCCUCAUGUGA